CUAGGCUAGCUACCAACAGUCUAUUAUUAGGCCUACCCUAUGUAUAUAGUUAAGUUUACUUUGGUUUUACUAAAAGGCCUACAUGCUAGUUCUGAGUUGAUCGGUCGUCGUUGCAUAUUAAAUGACUAGACAACUUAUAAUGAAUCCCUCCGACAUUAUAUAAAAAGGAUGUGAGGAGAUGCUGCGUCAUGGAGUCAACAAAAGGAUGUUUUUGGCGUCCCUGCUCCUUGUACUUGUCUUCCUCUUGUAUGUCAUGUACGUUGUCAACUACUGUGUCAUCACCAAUUUACACAGGCUUCUUAAAGAGGGCCAGGACAGUCUUACCGAAAGACAAGCAAGUAAACACUUACCCCCACCUCGAUCUCAAACGGUUGUAAGGUUGGUACCUCUGGUGAGUUGGUCUGGACUACAAGGUGAUGUGAUGCAGGAAGAGAACGUGUCUCCCAAGUAUAGGUUCUUGCAUCAACAGUCGCUCAAGGCCAUCCGCAGACUUCCGCAAGCAUUAAUCAUAGGAGUAAAAAAAAGUGGGACGAGAGCGUUGUUGGAGUUUGUUCGGCUUCAUCCUGAUGUGAGGGCAGCUGGCUCAGAAGUGCAUUUCUUCGACAGACACUAUAGCAAAGGGUUCAGCUGGUACAGGAGACACAUGCCACCAACAUUGGAAGGUCAGGUUACCAUGGAGAAGACACCCAGCUACUUUGUGACCCGGGACGCCCCUGCUCGGGUCAAGCAUAUGGAUCCAAACACCAAACUGCUGGUCGUAGUCAGAGACCCUGUGACACGGGCCAUCUCUGAUUACACACAAGCAAUCAGCAAAAAAACUGGAUCACCCAUGAAAAAGUUUGAAGAACUUGCUUUUGUGAAUGGAAGCGUCUGGGGGAGUGUAGACACAAGGUGGGGACCUGUAAGGAUUGGUGUGUAUGCUCGUCACUUGGAGCGCUGGCGUCAACAUUUCCCUCUAUCACAGAUGUUGUUUGUCAGUGGAGAGAGACUCAUCGUAGACCCAGCAGCAGAGAUGGCUCGAGUCCAGGAUUUCCUCGGAUUGAAACGAGUUGUUACGGAAAAGCACUUUUACUUCAACACAACUAAAGGAUUUCCUUGUUUGAUGAAGUCGGAGGGGCGAGCCACACCUCACUGCUUAGGAAAGACGAAAGGGCGGAACCACCCUCACAUCCGCGCAGCCGCUUUGGCUCGCCUACGUGACUUCUACCGUCCCUUCAAUCUAAGGUUUUACCAACUAACCGGCGUCAACUUUGGUUGGCCUUGAAAUAAAAUUAAUUUCCUCAUAAUUUUAUAAUUUAUUUAAAAGAAGUUAAUUGAGGAUAAAGUCAUUUAACUUUCUCAUGUCAGUUAGAAAGUCCUUAAGUACUACAUCUUAUCUCUUUGUUUCAUAUUAAAUUUAUAUAUAUAUUUUUAAAUCAAACAAUUUAUACUCUGAAAGCAAUAUUUUAAAGAUAUUUAACUUCCAAUAUUUGUUUUGUAGUGGUUUUCAGAAACUGUAGGGUUAAUAAAAAGUCUGAGGAUUCCUUAAUAUUUUUUGUAUAGGCAAUAUUAACAUUACUUAAUUUAUAAACUUUAACUUAGCGUAAGGGUUAUUUUAGCAAAAAAUGGGGCAUUUUGGAGGCAGCCCCAAAUUUAUAAAUGUACCCACUUUGAGUGACUCCUUACUUUUAAAGUAUUCAACAAAUAGGGAAUGGUCUAUAUAUCCUAACCCAGUACAAAAUGACAGGCAUUUCCAAUUUAUAUAAAAUAAUGAUUGUACACACAAAAUGUUUCUUUAGUUAUUAUUUUCACAAAUACCUUCGACUAUAACCACUCGGGGAACAGGUAAAAGUUAGAACAUACCAUGUAGCUAUUGUUUGAGUGCUAUUUUUUUUUUUCAUCUAGUGAUAAAAAUAACUCAUUGAUAUCAUAUUAGACAAUUACGCUUCCUCUUACACUAAACAUAUCAGUAAUGUCUCAAGUUAAAUACAAUCUGUACUGGAACUAAAUAAUAUGUUAAACAAUUUAUUAGAGAACAAACUUUUUACAUAUAAGAUUAUGAAUAUCAGCUAGGUCGAUGUUUCAAAACAACGUAGAAUGGCCUAAUUGAAACCUAAUGAGUGAGUUAAGGAAAUAUGACGUCCCAAAUACUUACAAUCUUUUUAAUGGCAAUUUAUUAAUUAUUUAAGGCAGUGUGAUACCUGAGUACAAUUUUACUGUUAAAUGCUUUCACUAUAUAGUUUUAGACUUUUGUUAGCGAUAUACACAUGUAGUUUAUACAGGUCAAAACUUAUUGUAAGCUGUGCAAUGUACCUUGCACAUUUUAGAUCAGCAGUAUUUUAGAGUAGAUUUGUAGUAUUUAUUGUAGUCGGCUUAUUUGUAGAUGUAAUUGUUUGUUGUUAUGAGUAGACCAGGUGGGAUUUGAGGACAACCUUGACUUUUGGCCAGAGGUCAAAUCUCCCCUGGUCUACUAUCAUGGCAGUUCAAUGUGCAAUAACUUAUACUGCUUUGCUUCAAACUUAAUGGAGCCCUGACUGAGAUAACAACAUCGGGCAGAGUUAGUUGUUGGCUAUCAAGUUUAGCCAGCUGUUUAAUGCAUUUAAUGCAAUGCCUCAGCUUCAGCUGAAUAACAUUUUAAUUUAAUUGAUGUUUUUGUAUUCGGUUAGUUAUCAAUAAUUAAUAUUUAUAAAUUAAAUUUAACAAUUUAAAUUUAAGAUUUUCAUCACCUCAUUGAAAUUUGCCUAAAUAGGAGACAAAGUAAAAACAUCACAAAGUGUAGCUGAUGUUGAUUAUUAGCAUUAUCAUGAUUGUAUUGAAUAAGACUUAACAAGUAAAUGAUCAUCCCUUUAAGCCCCAAACGCCAGUAUCAAGGUGGUAAUAACAUCACACAAUUUUGGCUUACAACUAUUUAUGCAAUCAAAACUUAACAAGUAAAUGAUAAUCCCUUUAAGUCCCAAAAGCCAACAACAUCAAUAUCAAAGAGUUAAUAACAUCAAACAAUUUUGACUUACAACUAUUUAUGCAAACAAAACUCAACGGAAGUGGGUGAAAAAUGUCCGAUCUCCGGUUUGCGAACUUGUUAGAAUGAACGUAGAAUUAUAUGUUUGUACCAAAUUUCAUUAAAAUCCGAUGAUUUUUGCUCGAG